UGACCUGUCCGGGAAUGCUCUCUCAGGGUCUCUUCCCGAGGGACUUUCCAAUGUUGCUAGUGCAGUUACCGUUGAUAUCUCAGGCAAUGAUCUCGACGGCUCCAUUCCUGCUUCCUUCACUAGACUAAAAAAACUUCAAAAUCUAGUGCUCGCAUCCAACCAGCUCUCUGGAGACAUAUUUCCCAUCCUCACCCAACUCACGGACCUCAGGAAACU